AUGUGGAGAUUAUUGGUGCUGUAUGUUGUGCAGGUAACGUUCGCAUUACGUUUCAGUCUCUACUCGUCCGUCUCCGUGACGGCGACACACUCUUUUGCGCUGGGGUUUUCUGCGAAGCAGAUGGUCGUCUCGUUGGUUCCUUUGCUCGUCGGUGUCGCUGCCCAAAGUUCUGUCACUUCUCUUUCCGCACUCCCAUCGGCCGUAUGUGAAUUGAUCAACUGUGAAGUGUCACAGGUACAGGCACGCAGCAGCGCAACGCCGUUUUGUUUUUCAUUUCUUGGACCUCAGGUCGUGACUUCGACCGUGACCAGUACCACUUCCACGUACGGAUGGCUUCACAUCUUACCGACGAGAAGGGUACUGCCGAUCAUGAAGCACAGAAUAAUAUCUAAAACGUUAGCAGUGAGCACAGCGACCAUCACGCCGAGUACAGUGACCGUUACCGGCACUAUUACUUCGACAAUAACCGUCUGCGCAACGCCGACAACUGUCAAUGCCAAGUACAAGCGCAGUCUGCCAAGCUCUUCCUCCUCUUCCUUGUCCAUACCCUCACCUCUCAAGACCAUAGCGUCUUCGCUAAUCUCAAGCGCAUGCCGCUGCUUGAGCAUCCCGCUCUCCACCACAACGUGCCCCCUUACCAUUUCGAAGACCGCGACACCGGUGACCAGCGUCACUGCAAAGACAACCCUAUCCGCCGUUACCGUCACAGUCACGCCCAAGGUCACAAUCACCAGCUGUUCGGGCUCCUCAUCUUCUCGUGCGCCGUCUAGCAACGGUCCGUCGUUCACUUCUAGCGUGCGCUCUUCGGCCCGGACUUCGGCUAGUUCGAGCGCGUCGUUGUUAGGCACGCAAUUAGGGAGAAACUCUUCGCCAGGCGUGAGCAGCUCUUCGCCAGUCGUUAGCUCCUCGCCAGUCAUCAGCUCCUUGCCGGUCUUGAGCUCUUCGCCGGUCGUCAGCUCUUUGCCCGGUGUUAGCAGCUCCUCGCCUGUUGUCAGCAGCUCCUCGCCAGUCAUCAGCUCUUCGCCAAUCGUUAGCACUUCAUCGCCGGUCGUCAGCUCUUCAGACGAUCCCAGCACUUCCAGCACCCCUACCACAGCGAGCGACCCUACUUUGAGCACCUCGAGCACCUCAAGCACCCCAAGCACAGCCAGCGCAUCCAGCACACACAGCACAACCAGCACAUCCAGCACAUCCAGCACAUCCACCACUUCCAGCACAUCCAGCUCCACUGUCGCUUCUCCCACGCCACCCCCCUUCAGCGCGGCGGCAUGUCAAGACAUCUCAUCUUGCGGAGGAUGCUAUGCGUACACAAUGUUCUUUGCUGGUUCUGGCGUAACGGCUCAAUACACUGGGAUUUACGACCCAUUUGAGGAAUGUAAUCCACCAGAUGCCCCAUGUUUGACCCUCCCCGACUGUGCCAGCUUUGGAUGGGAUUUCUUUACCAUGCAAUACGAUACUGCCGACAACGAUUGGGAGUGUUUCCCCAUGGACCCGCCAGAAGCGGGCAAUUGUCCAUACACCAUCGUGAACUCCGCGCGCCUCUCCGUAUACGGCUUUUGCCGCAGCAAAUGUGUGUCCCUCAAUCAUCGCCGCUAA